CCGCCUCUCAGCCACGCCUUGACCCAGAACCGCACAUCCGCCGAGUGAGACAACAGCGGCCCUUCGAGCUCUGACAAGAUACCGACACGGAUGGUUUUCGAUUCUGCAAGUGUUCGUAUUGUGUUAGAGACAUGUGCGGACCAUGACUUUGUGUUGCAAUCGUACAAUGGGUAGUUUGGGUGCUCGCUUUUUCCUCCGUGGGCCGCGGGGCGAGGCAAGAGCGACCUGAGUCCUGAGCUUUCCUCCGGCCAGCAGUAUAGCAUGAAAAUCUACCUGGAAAGCAUCAGCGAUCAUUACCAUGCAACGUUCUGCAUGAUCCUCCCCCCUGAGCCGACGUCCGAGAUAGCCGGUCUGUAAUCGCCCUCCUGCAAGAUGCCCUUCGGAGGACGCCAGAGUGAGCGCUACGAACUCAACGGCACGGGACAGCUGCAGCGCGACAGGACCUACGGCAGCAUCGUCCGCGACCGCACCUACACCAGCAUCGGGAGCUACACCAACGCCGACCCCGAAGCGCACUGCAACUUCAUCAACGAAGAUGAUCUGGAUUUCCAGCACGGCGACGGCGACAGCUGGCGCAGCAGCGGCGGCCUGGGCUCCAACCGCAACGCGUCGCGGCCGCAGGAGGACGCUACCACCUUCUUCAGGGACGGCCGCCGCAGGAUCGACUACGUGCUCGUCUAUGAGGACUCAGGAGGCGCCUCCCGCAGGACCAAGGAGGAGCGGGAGAAGAGCCUGGGGAGGACUCUGUCGGCCAGCGAGAAGAGGACCUUCAAGCACGAGUCAUGGCGCCAGAGGUUCAUGAACUCUCUCAUGAAGGCCGGCCUGCACAUGGAGGAGGAGACGGAGGUGAGCGGAAAGAAAACCAUCUACUUCAUCAAGCUAAGCGCGCCCUGGGCUGUCCUCUGCCACUACGCCGAGGAACUCAACAUGAGAGCGCCUCUUCAGGAACGACAUUCAGGCGUAGUAUUCGAGCUGCUGCAACACCUUCAGCCGAACAUUUCUGCGCACAACAACCCCUCGACCAACUGGUCCGAGGUCCUGCUCGAGAAGCUCCGGCUGCCCAACCUGAUGGCCGAGGACGUGCCCAACAAGCCCCUGGACUACUUCACGUGCGCCUUCAAGAAGUCCAAGAUUGACAGAAAAGUCAUAACCAAGUUCUUAGGCAGCGACAACCCCGACCAGUACUUUACCAACACCCAGCGCUCGAGGAUCGUUCACGAGGUGCUCUCGACCGCGCCCUUCGGGAAGGUCAAGAAGGGCGAGAUUGGCAUUGAGAGACUCGUGGAGGAGGGGAUAUACAGCGCCGCCUUUCCUCUGCAUGAUGGACCGUACGAGUACCCUGAGGGCUGCCGCGACCCCACGACGCUGAACCCGCGCCAGGUGCUGUACCACUACUGGGCGCGGUGGGGCAAGUGGCACAAGUACCAGCCGCUGGACCACAUCCGGGAGUACUUCGGCGAGAAGAUUGGCAUCUACUUCGCCUGGCUCGGCCUGUACACGGGAUGGCUGUUGCCGGCAGCGGUGGUCGGCCUCCUCGUCUUUCUCUACGGCGUCCUCACCAUCAACUACAACACGCCGGCCAACGAGAUCUGCGACCAGCGAGGCCAGUUCAAGAUGUGCCCGCUCUGUAACGUGAGUUUCGGGUGCCAGUUUUGGGACCUGAAUGAUAUCUGCUUUUACGCUCGGAUAUCCUACCUGUUCGAUCACCCGGGCACCGUUUUCUAUGCUAUCUUCGUGUCGUUUUGGGCCGUGUCCUUCCUGGAGUACUGGAAGCGAAAGAGCGCGUCCCUGGCCCACCACUGGGACUGCCUGGACUUCCAGGAGGAGGAGGAGCGGCCACGCCCCGAGUUCGCGGCCAAGGCGCCCCUGCAGGAGAGGAACCCCAUCACGGGCGUGCGGGAGCCCUCCUUCCCCAAGUCCAUCAGGACGAAGAGAAUCAUGGCGGGGGUCGGCCUCAUCUUCAUUAUGAUGAGUCUUGUGAUCAUCUUCAUUGUAGCUGUCAUUAUCUAUCGCGUAUUGGUGUCUAUUCCUCUCUUCCGAAAUGAUACGCUCAGGUCACAGGCGCAAGCUAUAUCGUCCUUAUCAGGCGCAGUCGUCAACUUCAUCAUCAUCAUGUGCAUGGGACGAGUCUACGAGAAGCUGGCAUACAGACUCACCACCUGGGAGAUGCACAGGACGCAGACGGAAUUCGAGGACAACUUCACCUUCAAAGUCUUCAUAUUCCAGUUCGUCAAUUUCUAUUCGUCCAUCUUCUACAUCGCCUUCUUCAAGGGGCGGUUCGUGGGCUUCCCGGGCCACUACCAUCGCAUCUUGGGCCUUCGAAACGAGGACUGUUCAGCAGGUGGAUGUCUGAUCGAACUGGCUCAGCAGCUGGCCGUCAUAAUGAUAGGCAAACAGGUGGUGAACAAUGCACAGGAGAUUCUUGUGCCUAAAAUGAAAGCCUGGUGGCACAAGAAGCAGGUGAAACUGAGCCACAAAGCGAGGACCAGGUGGGAGGCAGACUACCAGCUGAUAGAUAACGAGGGCUUAUUCCAGGAGUACCUUGAGAUGGUCCUCCAGUUCGGCUUCAUCACCAUCUUCGUGGCGGCCUUCCCCUUGGCGCCGCUCUUCGCGCUGCUCAACAACUGGGUGGAGAUCCGGCUGGACGCGCAGAAGUUCGUGUGCGAGACCCGCCGCGCCGUGUCCGAGCGGGCGCAGAACAUCGGCAUCUGGUUCACCAUCUUGGACUUCAUGGCGCACUUGGCUGUCAUAAGCAAUGCUUUCCUGAUCGCCUUCACAUCGGAAUUCCUGCCGCGGCUGCUCUACAAGUACGAGUACGACUGGUCCCUCAGCGGCUACGUCAACUUCACGCUCGCGACGGCGCCCAACGACACGCUCAACGAGGAGUGCAGGUACCGAGGCUACCGAGACGUGCACGGGGACCACACUCCCUUCUUCUGGAGGCUUCUGGCGAUUAGACUCAGCUUCGUAAUCGUCUUCGAGCACGUGGUCUUCGGCAUCUGUCGCCUGAUCGACAUCAUGGUGCCCGACGUGCCCCAGAGCCUCGAGCUGAAGAUGAAGCGCGAGCGGUACCUGGCCAAGCAGGCCCUGGCGGACUCUGACGCCAUCAUGCAGGUCGCCCAGGGCAAAGAGGACGACGAUGAAGAAGGCAACGAAAACCAUGCCGCGGUGACCGCCAUGCACGACGCGGGCGAGACGCCCACGUACGCCUACCCGCCCUUGACUCCUUCGUACAACCUGGCUAGCAACCCGUCUCAGGAGGCUCCGGCGCCCGCGGACGCCCCCUAUGUAUUUACCGAGAAGGAGUCCCCGACGGCGCCUUCGUACUCGAGCCCGAGGGAGUCGCCGCCUCUCGCGGGCUACACCAAGAUGGGCGCCUCCAGCCGGCCGUCGUCGUACGCCAACAGCUCGAGCUCGAACACCCCGACCCUCUCGUCGCCGAACUCGAAGGCGAUGCCGUCUUCGCCCACCAACCGGAGCUCCUCUUCGAAUUCCUCGACCAACAGCAGCCCACCCACGCCCUCCAGAAACAAGCACCGACUUUCCUCUAGUUCCCACUCGAGGAGGACGUCUUCGCACGCGCCAACAUAACAGGAAACCGCCUCCACCCGUCCCAUGAUCGUGUACAAGCAGACGUCAGUGUAAGUCGCUGCUUGGCACACGACAGCUUGAGUUCUUCUUUGGUUGAGGCACUCGGCGGACCUUGCAGUCUGUGAGUUGGAGGAGGCAGACGCAGGAGAAACCCACG